UGCUCGCCACUCUUUCAACCUACUGGAACAGAUUGCUCCGACAAUCUGUGUAAAAAAGACGCAUUAUAAAAAGAUAGAAAAAACUAGAAACCUCGUUUAAUUUCAUUGCUAAUUAUAAUCAUUAACAAAAAAAAAACAAUGUCAAAUCUCGCGCCCAAAAUUAAACUAAAUAAUGGCCAGGAAAUGCCAGUUUUCGGCCUGGGCACUUGGAAAUCAUUCGAAUCGGAGGCUUACCAGGCAACCAAAAAUGCUAUUGACAUAGGGUAUCGUCACUUUGACACCGCUUUUGUCUACGAAAACGAACAGGAGGUGGGCCAGGCUAUACGGGAGAAGAUCGCCGAAGGUGUAAUUAAACGCGAAGACAUAUUCAUAACCACCAAAUUGGGUGGCAUUCAUCACGAUCCUGAACUAGUGGAACGCGCCUUUCGAUUGAGUUUAAGCAACUUGGGACUGGAGUACAUUGAUUUAUACUUAAUGCAUUUGCCGAUUGGUCAGAAAUUUCACAAUGAUUCGAAUGUGCAUGGCACUUUAGAACUCACGGAUGUGGAUUAUCUGGACACAUGGAAGGAAAUGGAGAAACUGGUGGAUUUGGGUUUGACACGCAGCAUCGGUUUGUCCAAUUUCAAUGCCGCUCAAACGGAACGCGUCUUGGCGAAUUGCCGCAUUAAGCCGGUGGUCAAUCAAGUUGAAUGCCAUCCGGGAUUCCAGCAGGAGAAACUUAGGGAGCAUGCGAAAAGGCAUAAUCUAGUGAUUUGUGCCUAUUGCCCGCUGGCUAGACCGCAACCCGCACGCCAAUGGCCACCAUUCCUAUACGAUGAGCAGGCUCAGCAACUGGCCAAGAAAUACAAUCGCACUCCCGCCCAGAUCUGUUUGCGUUUCCUGGUGCAAAUCGGUGUAGUUCCCCUUCCCAAGUCAUCAAAUAAGUCACGUAUCGCCGAGAACUUUCAGAUAUUCGAUUUCGAGCUCAGUCCUGAGGAUGUGUCAUCAAUGAAACACUAUCACACAGGUCAGCGGACUGUGCCGUUCUCAGGAAUGUCGGGACACAAGUUUUAUCCAUUCCAUGACGAGUUCUAAGCGCAGUAUUGUUAAUUAAAAUAAAGAAUUAAAGAGUGCAUGGGGCAAAUGUUUUGUAUUAA